AUGGACCAUCAAGAGAUUCGCGCUGUCUACUCCAUCUUGCACCUACUCUACCAUCGCAAUAAAAAUCAACACCAACGGGCGAAAUGGUGGAAAUGGCUGUCAAUGCUGAAGCGCACCGCUUCCGAGCUUGCCUUCCCCGAGUCGAAGGUCUUCGCAGCAAGCUCGUGCCCGCAAUAUCUGAGCUUGCGAUUGAUCCCAAGAUGCUACCAUGCAUUCUCGACGGUGGUUGCUGAUAAUCAAUUCGCCACGCUUGGCGUAGUGCUUUUAGCCGCCCUAGCGCGACUGGCGAAGGCGACAGGCAUCAAAUACGAAAGACCAGCACGUACUGAGUUAAAAGCCCCGAAAGCCCCAAGAAUGAAACCAACAGAGGAUCGUGGCGAGCGUAUUUGCCGUGAUGAUGCCGAUGCCGAUGCUGUUGCGAAUGCGCUUCCCGGGACUGGCAGAAGGCACCAACCCCAGUCGGCUAAGGUGGGCAAGCCCCUCAAAGAAAAGACCAAACGUGUGAAAGCUGCCAAGAGUUCCGCCAAAAAGAAGAAGAACGCCAUCGAUGAUCUGUUCAGUGGGUUGCUCUGA